CCCUCCGGUGUCCCGACCCAGGUUAAGAGUGAGCAUGGCUGAGCAGGAGCCCACAGCUGAGCAGCUGGCCCAGAUUGCAGCAGAGAAUGAGGAGGAUAAGCACCCAGUCAACUACAAGCCCCCUGCCCAGAAGAGCAUCCAGGAGAUCCAGGAGCUGGACAAGGAUGAUAAGAGCCUGCAAAAGUACAAGGAGGCCUUGCUGGGCCGCGUGGCUGUGUCUGCAGACCCUAACGUCCUCAACAUCGUCGUGACUGGCCUGACCCUGGUGUGCAGCUUGGCCCCGGGACCCCUGGAGCUGGACCUGACAGGUGACCUGGAGAGCUUCAAGAAGCAGUCGUUUGUGCCGAAGGAGGGCGUGGAGUACCAGAUAAAAAUCUCUUUCCGGGUGAACAGAGAGAUCGUGUCUGGCAUGAAGUACAUCCAGCACACGUACAGGAAAGGCAUCAAGAUUGACAAGACUGACUACAUGGUGGGCAGCUAUGGGCCCCAGGCCGAGGAGUAUGAGUUCCUGACCCCCGUGGAGGAGGCGCCUAAGGGCAUGCUGGCCAAGGGCAGCUACAGCAUCAAGUCCCGCUUCACAGAGGACGACAAGACUGACUACCUGUCCUGGGAGUGGAACCUCACCAUCAAAAAGGAGUGGAAGGACUGAGUCCUGGCUGGAGGCGGACAGGGCAGACGGAUGGACGGACGGACGACGGACAGGUGGAUGUGUCCUCCAGCCCCUCCCCUCCCCA